AUGUGGCGUGCAGCGCUCUCCCAAGCCAUUCGCCUAUCCUCAUCGAAGAAAGCCUCAAUCACGAGCGAUCUCGUCUCCAGACCUUCGAGGUUUUUUUCAACCAGCUCGUCCUCAUACACCAUUGUUGAUCACACAUAUGAUGCUGUGGUGGUUGGAGCUGGUGGAGCUGGGCUUAGAGCAGCUAUUGGACUCUCAGAACAUGGUUUCAAUACGGCUUGCAUCACGAAGCUCUUCCCCACUAGAUCUCAUACUGUUGCUGCGCAGGGUGGGAUUAAUGCAGCAUUGGGAAAUAUGAGUGAGGAUGACUGGAGAUGGCACAUGUAUGAUACAGUCAAAGGAAGCGAUUGGUUAGGUGAUCAGGACGCUAUUCAAUAUAUGUGUAGAGAGGCACCAAAGGCAGUCAUUGAACUUGAAAAUUAUGGUCUUCCAUUUUCUAGAACAGAAGAUGGGAAAAUAUAUCAGCGUGCUUUUGGAGGGCAAAGCUUGAAUUUUGGAAAAGGUGGCCAAGCCUAUCGCUGCGCCUGUGCUGCUGAUCGCACUGGCCAUGCAUUAUUACACACUCUUUAUGGCCAGGCAAUGAAGCAUAACACUCAGUUCUUCGUUGAAUAUUUUGCACUAGAUCUUCUUAUGGAUAGCAGCGGGUCCUGUCAAGGCGUGAUUGCACUGAACAUGGAGGAUGGAACACUUCAUCGAUUUAGUGCCAAAUCCACAAUUUUAGCCACUGGGGGCUAUGGAAGAGCUUACUUUUCUGCAACCUCUGCUCAUACAUGCACCGGAGAUGGUAAUGCUAUGGUAGCUCGUGCUGGUUUACCUCUUGAGGAUCUUGAAUUUGUACAGUUCCAUCCUACUGGCAUUUAUGGUGCUGGCUGUCUCAUUACUGAAGGAUCUCGGGGUGAAGGUGGCAUUCUUAGGAACAGUGAAGGUGAACGUUUCAUGGAACGUUAUGCUCCUACUGCAAAGGAUCUUGCUUCAAGGGAUGUUGUUUCAAGAUCUAUGACAAUGGAAAUUCGAGAAGGACGUGGUGUUGGACCACUAAAGGAUCAUAUUUAUCUACACCUGAAUCACCUACCUCCAGAGGUACUUAAGGAAAGGCUUCCUGGUAUAUCAGAAACUGCUGCAAUUUUUGCUGGGGUUGACGUCACCAAGGAGCCUAUUCCGGUGCUACCCACAGUACACUAUAAUAUGGGUGGAAUCCCCACUAACUACCAUGGGGAGGUAGUUCACAUUAAAGGCAGUGAUCCAGAUACAGUAGUUCCUGGUCUAUUGGCUGCGGGUGAGGCUGCCUGUGCAUCAGUUCAUGGAGCAAAUCGACUUGGUGCUAAUUCACUUCUUGACAUAGUUGUAUUUGGCAGAGCUUGUGCAAACAGAGUUGCAGAGAUUCAGAAGCCAGGCGAGAAACAGAGCCCUCUUGAAAGGGACGCUGGGGAGAGGACAAUUGCCUGGCUUGAUAAACUGAGAAAUUCCAAUGGCUCCUUGCCAACUUCAAAAAUUCGUCUCAAUAUGCAAAGAGUGAUGCAAAAUAAUGCUGCUGUAUUUAGAACUCAGGAGACAUUGGAAGAAGGUUGCAAAUUGAUUGACAAAGCGUGGGAGAGUUUUCAUGAUGUUAAAAUUAGUGAUCGAACCCUAAUAUGGAAUUCUGAUCUGAUAGAAACUCUAGAGCUAGAAAAUCUUUUGAUAAAUGCCUGUAUAACCAUGCAUUCUGCUGAAGCAAGGAAAGAAAGUAGAGGAGCUCAUGCUCGUGAAGAUUUUAGUAAAAGAGAUGAUGCUAAUUGGAUGAAACACUCACUUGGAUAUUGGGAGAAUGAAAAGGUUCGGCUGGCGUAUAGACCUGUUCAUAUGAAUACACUGGAUGAUGAAAUUGAACCAUUUCCACCAAAAGCUCGUGUUUACUGAAACAUCUUUUUUCUCCCUAUGAUUGUAAUUUUUAGCGUUUACGAUAACUUGAGCUAAUAAAAUUGUCUUAAUUUUAUAUUUUUCCAGAAGGAAAAUAAUUGAAAGUGCUAUCAAUGUUGGCAUAAAUGAUAUCCCUGUAUCUUUAAGCCAUGGAAACAAUAGAACUCGUAUUUUGAUAUGUAGUGUUUCCUGGCUAAAAACAGUUUAGGCUGCCAUUUUAAACAAUUAUUAAUUGCAUAUAAUGUAUAUCUCCAUGGUGCUUUCUUAGGUUA